AUGGGUUUAGGUUUUACAGGAAUAAUCUUCACUUUACUCCCUUGCCUGUGCCAAGGAUUCAGUCUAAAAACAAAUGAAAACCUUAUAGCCAUUGCUGGACCUUUACCAAGUAUCACACGUGGUGUUUAUAAUGACGUGAAGCAAGAUGAAGUGUCUGGAUGCCAUGGAGAUAUGCUCCUCUGGCUGAAAGACCAAAUCCCUAUUCUCAAAAAUUAUGGUGUCACUCACUAUAAAAUCAAUCUGGAACACACUGUUCUCCUACAGAAUGGAGAUCCAAAGACACCUGACGAUGGACAAGUCAAAUGCUACCAGACCCUUCUUCAGUAUCUUGCUGGAGCAAGCAUUCAUCCAGUGAUCAUCUUGCAAGGAAGACCACUUCAUGACCAGGCCACCAGCGGACCACUGGAUCUCUUUGAAGAAUAUGCUGAUUUUGUAUUCAGUGCUUUUGGUGAUAUCGUUCAAACCUGGAUAACCUUUAAUGGUCAGCCAGACUACACAAAUUCUGGAUCCCUGCAAGGUCUUCUACUGGCACACCAGAAAGCACACAGUUUGUACCACAGAAAGUAUGCUUCCGCAGGUGGAAAGCUGUCAAUUGCCUUAGAAUCUGACGUUUUAAGCAAUAUCCUUUCCCUACAACCAAAAUUCAUGGACUCAGUUGAUUUUAUUGCUUUAAAUGUGAAUUACAACUGCAGAGGUAGAGAAUUAUCGCAGAUGUUCAGCAAAUAUCAGGAUUUGCAGAAAUUGAUAAAAGGUCGAGAUGUUUUAGUUUUCAUUUUACAGCUGAGCGACUGUAACUCCCUAAACACAGAAGAAAAAUAUAUCCCAGUCUUUAAAAUAUCUAAAACACUGAGUGAAUCUGGCGCAGCAUUCGUGGGAUAUGACAUCAAUGCAUUUUUAAACAAGUCACCUCCUGAUACGAAAAGUUUAGAAAAUCUUAAAAGCUUGACAUUGACAUCACGAGCAUCGUACAACACAGUUUGGGAGAAAUUUGCUAACCAGACAGUCAUUGAGAGAGACACCUUCCAUCAGGGCACAUUUCCCAGUGGUUUUACAUGGGGAACAUCUACUGCGGCCUUCAAAGUGGAAGGAGGUUGGGCAGAAGAUGGGAAAGGAGAAAGCAUAUGGGACACAUUUGGCCAGAAUAACCAUGCAGAUAACAACGCAACCGCCAAUGUGGCCAGUGACAGUUACUAUAAGACUGACUAUGAUGUGUAUCUUUUAAAGGGUCUGCAGGCCAAAACAUAUCAAUUCUCUUUAUCUUGGGCCAGGAUUUUUCCAACAGGGUUUAACACUAAAGAGAAUGCCAAAGGAGUGAAAUACUACAAUAAAUUAAUCAACCGUCUGCGAGAUGCAAACAUUGAACCAAUGGUCACCUUGUAUCACUGGGACCUGCCUAAACCCUUGCAAGACCUUGGGGGCUGGCAGAAUGAGAUCAUUAUUAAUGCCUUUAUGGACUAUGCCGAUUACUGCUUCAGACAUUUUGGUGACCGGGUGAAAUUUUGGCUAACAUUCCAUGAACCUUGGGUUGUCAGUUAUGCUGGUUAUGGCACUGGAGAGCAUGCCCCUGGCAUUAAAGAUCCAGGAAGUGCCCCCUACAAGGUGACCCACAACAUCCUGAAAGCGCACGCUAAAGCCUGGCAUGUGUACAAUGAUAAAUAUCGCUCCCAGCAGCAGGGCCAGGUGGGAAUCUCGUUGAACUCUGAUUGGGCAGAGCCACAGACAGCUAAUAACACAGAGGAUGUGAAAGCCGCAGAGCUCUAUAUUCACUCCAUGCUCGGUUGGUUCGCCCAUCCAAUAUUAAUCAAUGGUGACUACCCCGAGGGUCUUAAAACCCAGAUUCAACUGAAAAACCAGCAGUGUCCCAGCACAGUUUUCCCACUGCCCGUAUUCACAGAGGAAGAGAAAUCCUACAUUCAUGGCACUGCUGACUUCCUAGGAAUCUCCCACUAUACCUCCCGACUGAUCCAAGCUUCCCCUAGCACCAGCUGUGUUCCUGACUACCAUAAUAUUGGGGACUUUACAUCACAUGUGGAUCCAUCAUGGCCUGAGACUGCCUCUUCGUGGAUUAAAGUGGUCCCCUGGGGUUUCAGGAGGCUGCUAAACUAUGUGAAGGAGGAGUAUGUGAAAGACAACCUGAAGAUAUACAUAACUGGGAACGGAAUGCCAACAACAUACGAUGGAGAUGUGUUUAAUGACACAGUUAGAAAGGAUUACUUGACUGCCUACAUCAACGAGGUUUUAAAAGCUGUUUCAAUUGAUGGUGUGUCAGUCAAUGGAUACAAUGUAAGGUCCCUUCUGGAUGGCUUUGAAGGCUCUCACGGUUACAGCCAGAGGUUUGGCUUACACCAUGUAAGCUUUGAAAAUGUUAACAGACAGAGGACUCCCAAAGAAUCUGCAUAUUUAUUUUCAAGCAUCAUCGAACAUAAUGGUUUUCCAGUGGUAAAGCAAAGCAGGGCUGUGGUUCAAACUCCAAGAUGGCCCCAUGAAAGAAGAUUAGCUCCUCUACCUCCAUCUGAUGUUCCUUCAAAAGCAAAAGUUGUGUGGGAAAAAUUUUCAGGUCAAACUUAUUUUGAAAGAGACAUGUAUUUUCAUGCCACAAUGCCAGAGGACUUCCAAUGGGGGGUUUCAACUUCUUCCUAUCAGGUUGAAGGUGGAUGGAAUGCUGACGGGAAAGGACCUAGUAUUUGGGAUACAUUUUCCCAUGUUCCUGGUAAUAUUGCUGAGAAUGGUAAUGGGGAUGUUGCCUGUGAUAGUUAUCACCGACUAGAUGCUGACCUGUAUAUGUUGAGGUCCUUAGGGGUUAAAAGCUACAGGUUUUCGUUGUCUUGGUCUAGAAUUUUUCCAAAUGGACAAGGCGCCACUAAUGCUAAAGGGGUUGAAUAUUAUAACAAACUUAUUGAUGGCCUACUUGCAAACAAUAUAAUCCCUAUGGUAACACUGUAUCAUUUUGACCUGCCUCAAGCUCUUCAAGACAUGGGUGGCUGGGAGAAUGAUAUGGUGGGUGAAGCCUUUCAUAGCUAUGCAGAUUUUUGCUUUCAAACCUUUGGAGAUCGGGUAAAGUUUUGGAUGACAUUUCAUCAACCCUUCAGUUUUGUAACAGCUGGAUAUGGGUUUGGUUACUUCCCACCACAAGCCAAUGACCCUGGUUAUGCACCAUAUAGAGUAGCUCACCACCUGCUGAAAGUCCAUGCCAAGGUCUACCAUACCUAUGACAAGACAUAUCGGCCAACUCAAGGAGGUGUAAUAUCUCUGAGCCUCAAUACAGAAUGGGCAGAACCCAAAGACCCCAGUAAUCUAAGGGAUAUAGAAGCAGCUGACCGCUAUCUACAGUUCACGUUAGGGUGGUUUGCUCAUCCUAUCUUUAAAAAUGGUGACUACCCAGAAGUUAUGAAAUGGCAAGUGGCAAAUAAAAGUGAAUUGGAGGGUCUGAAAUCCUCCAGGCUUCCUGUUUUUACAGAAGAAGAAAAAGCAGAGAUCCAGGGCACAGCUGACGUUUUCUGUAUUAACAUCUACUCCUCGAAAUUGAUUUCUCACAAAACAUGGAGGAUUAGCCCACCAUCUCGCCAAGGAGACAUGGAUGUAUUGGAAGAAGUCCAUCCUCAAUGGCCAGGUACAGCACUUGCUGAUCACAGGGCAGUAGCUUGGGGACUCCGGAGACUGCUAAACUGGAUAAAAGAAGAAUAUGAAGAUGUUCCUAUUUAUAUCACUGAAAAUGGAGUGGCUACACCCAGGGAACCAGAAUAUGAUGACACUGAGCGUAUAUUUUACUACAAAACCUACAUUGAUGAAGCUUUGAAAGCUCAGAGUAUCGACGGGGUGAAUCUAAAAGGAUACAGUCCCUGGUCUCUCAUGGAUACCUUUGAAUGGACAUAUGGGCAUAUUUUGCGAUUCGGUUUGCACAAUGUGGAUUUCCAAGACCCUAACCGGCCAAGGACCCCUAAACGUUCUGCUAUAUACUAUGCUAAUGUUAUCCGAAACAAUGGCAUCCCCAUGGACAAUGAAGAUGAGUUUCUCUAUGGGGAGUUCCCCUCAAACUUUGCAUGGAGUGUAGCAUCCUCAUCCUACCAGAUUGAAGGAGGCUGGAGAGCGGAUGGAAAGGGGUUGAGCAUCUGGGACACGUUCACGCAUUCAGAAAACAAAAUAGCAAAUGGUGAUCAUGGAGAUGUGGCCUGUAACAGUUACUACAGGCUGGAAGAAGACAUCGAACUGAUAAAGAACCUCAAAGUUACCCAUUACAGGUUCUCAGUUUCCUGGCCGCGGGUCCUGCCCGAUGGGACAACAAACAUCGUGAAUGAAGCUGGACUCAAUUACUACAUUCGACUGGUUGAUGCUCUUUUAGCUGCCAAUAUUUCACCCCAGGCGACAAUUUAUCACUGGGACCUGCCGCAAGCUCUGCAAGAUGUUGGGGGCUGGGAGAAUGAAACUAUUGUGCAACGAUUUAAGGAAUAUUCGGGGUUGCUUUUCGACAGACUGGGAGACAAGGUGAAGUUCUGGAUAACACACAAUGAGCCAUACAUUGUUGCCAAUUUGGGUUAUGGUUACGGCGUAUUUGCUCCAGGAAUUUCUUCACGGCCUGGUGUUGGACCUUAUGUGGCUGCUCACAACCUCAUUAAAGCUCAUGCUGAAGCUUGGCACCUUUAUAAUGAUAACUACCGAGCUAAACAGGGGGGCAUUAUAUCCAUCACCCUCAAUACAGACUGGGCACAGGGCAUAAACCCAGAAAAGCAGCAAGAUGUAGAAGCAGCAAGGACAUAUUUGGCGUUUUUUGGUGGGUGGUUUGCACAUCCCAUUUUCAAUAAUGGCGACUACCCUGAGAUCAUGAAACAGAAGAUUCGGGAUAGAUGUUUAUUCCAAGGUACCCCAAACCGACUGCCAGAAUUUACAGAAAGCGAGAAGAAGAGGAUUAAUGGAACUUAUGACUUUUUUGGCCUUAAUCACUAUACCAGCGUCUUGGUUGGCUCUGCCAUCUACCCUGAUCAUGAAGUAAACUACGAUGCCGACCGAGGAGUAUAUGUAAUAUCUGAUCGGACCUGGCUGCCCUCAGGUUCCAACUGGCUGAGAGUGACACCAUUUGGCUUCAGAAAGCUAUUGAACUGGAUAAAGGAAGAAUGUAAUAACCCCCCAAUUUAUGUAACAGAGAACGGUAUAUCAGAACGCGGGACAGACCUCAAUGAUAAGUGGAGAGAACACUACUACAAGUAUUAUGUGAAUGAAGGAUUGAAAGCUAUCAAGUACGAUGGUGUGGACCUCCGAGGGUACACAGCUUGGUGUCUGAUGGACAACUUCGAGUGGGCAGAAGGAUAUACAGAACGAUUUGGCUUGUAUUACACAAAUUUCUCUGACCCAUCGUUACCACGUAUUCCUAAGCAGUCCGCAGCAUAUUACAGAAGUAUCAUUCAGUGCAAUGGGUUCCCUGACCCAAAAGAUGGACCUCAUGCUUGUCUAGAGACACCGCCAGAAGCAACAACUGCAGUUCCGUCCAAAACCUCUGGGGGCCCUGUUACAGAACCCGUUACAGAUGAGGAUUCUGGAUUUGUCUACUUCCUUGGAUUACAAAUUUCUACUUCCGAAGCAAUGGUCGGACUAUAUGUUGAAUUUGCCCUUUUAAUUACAAUGUUCUUAACUGUCAUUUUACUUUCUGUUCUUUAUGGCAAGUUAAGAUCUAAGACGAAGCAACAGGAUUAGAUUUUGCCGGCUCCUUCUGUAAAACGCACUGUAUUAUAUUGUCCCAUCAAUUAAAACCCCACAAUACAAACACAUCACGUGUACAUUUAAUAUAAUUCAUAUGUUUGGAUGACAUUUGGUUUUGUUUUCAUAUCAAAUACAAACACAGAGCGCAAUUUAUUUUU